GGUGCGCCAAUAGGCAUGCUGUCAAUGGGCCCCCUAUUUGAGACUUUUGAGACCUUCACGAAAGCCAUCGAAACCCAGAUCACGCCGUACUCCGAGAAGAUGAUGCACGAGAUCCAACAGUGGCGCAAAUGCCACUCGGCGAUUUCCACAAUGUUCACUGUGUAUCACGACCUCUUUCGGAUCUUCAUGUAUCGCGGCGUGGAUGAAAGCAUUACGGAUGACGACCCUGUCGAGAGGUUCGGAUGGUUGUUGUUCCUCAUCGGUGCAGACCAGCACUUUUCGGAAGGGGAAGGCCAAAAAGGAUGGGAAAGCUCAGACGUUCAAACAUGGUGCAUUUACUGUGUACUAUUUGUUGGUGUGCAACUUUCUGCUGCUCGUCGGCGGAAGAUGGUACAAGUUCAACAUUGAGAUGACGAGGUUCCGCCAAUUCGAAACUUCUUCAAUGGCGCAGCUCAUACAGACUUUGCGGGAAACACCACCAGGGCCGAAGUUUCAAUAUCAAGACCAUCCCAUAAUGGUCAAUGCCGAGUGCCCAUGGCACCUGUACCAAGGGGCUCUAGAUGUGGACAGUAUGCUGUAUAGCAACUUGGAAGACAUGGGCAGACACUUCGACCUCAUACUGUUGCAAAAGGACUAUGAGUUUGAUCCUCGUCUUCUGCGACCUGUGAAUAAGCCGUUUGCAACACCAAAGCGAUUCUGUCGAACACCCAGAAUGUCUACAACAAAAUCCACCGUUUCUCGGAAUCUGCGAGCAUCUCUGGAACGUGCGAACGUGUUCAACACUGCCAUGCAUGCAACGCCCAUUAUGGCUCGAAGUGCUUCCAAUGCCUCGUUCACCCGAACGCCGGGAGGCUCUAGAGGUGGACCUCAGCUCGCCGAGUUUCAACAGCGUUUCCUACAGUUCAUGUCGACGGAGCCCGCACGUCAGCAAGCGCUGUCAGCGUCCCUUACUAUUCCUCAAGCCGUCCUCGCUACCCUUCGGCAUCACGUCAACGGCCUGUGUGAACGUAUGGCGGAGAAGUUGCGCCGAAAAUGUCCAAAUCCAGCAGGUGAUCGUUGGAGGGACACGAUGACGUUAUAUUAUCACAUAAUGCUCGAGAUCACUGGUUCAUACCUCCAAAGGACCAAGGACUUCCAAAUCCUGAAUGACAAACCGUUCAUCCGCUCGCUUGUUUUCAUCGUUUUCGAAAUCGUCCGAUUCACGUGGAAGUUAGGGACAAAAGGAAUGACGGAUGAGUUGCUCCGGCAAAUCAACCCCGACUGCAUAUCUCUGAUAGCAAUGCUCGACAUUGUCAACUCCACGGCUUUCUGGUUUUCCGAUUGGGUUCGUAAGCGUUUAGUGGAGCUGCAGGAACGCAUGAUGGAGACGCAGGUUUGGAGAGAACCCGUAUUUUACCGGAUGCUCUCCGUACUCGCCGGGGCCUCCGCUUAUGCGCAUGCGCAUCAAAGUGGCGAUUACGGACCGCUUAUUCCGAUUUUGACGUUGUAUCAGCAUCAUUGCGGGGCUGGAUCUCUCGAACCCAUGGGAUCUAAUCCAGAGAUGGCCGGCAUAUCCGGGAUAGUUGGUCGGACACAAUCCAUGAUCCAGGGCCGCCUCAAACAGCUUUGCGACGACCUACGAACCCCAGAAUCAACAUAUUCAACAGCGCUUAAGCUUGUGCAAUGGGGUCUAGAACGCGAGCAUGAGCAUCGGUACCUCAACAAUCGACACGUUGAUGUAUACGCGAUCUGUUGCUUGUAUGGAGCCGCCGUCGUUCAGAAACGUCCGAUGAAGUUCAAAACCAUCGUGGAGAUGUAUCGCCGCCAGCCGCAGUUCCUUGAUAAGACUUUGACUGAGAUCUACCUGGGUCCUAGCGAAACCGGUGACCUCACAGUAUAUUACAAUACGGUGUUUCUGAGCACCAUGCGAGGCUUCAUGUCUUUGUCAGAAGGGGACACCGGUAUACCUGGCAACAACUACGCCCUUCACGCCCUUACCCAACCGGCGCACAUCAAUAGUAGCGCUCACGUCGCCGUGGACAUCCAUCCUGUCCGGAUGCCGCAACCUCCGGCACCUUCGACUCCUACGUCGGCUGCUGCGACAGCACAUUUCAUUCCCUCAACACCACGCACACCAACGCGGACGGCGCAACUCCGAGCCGCUGCUAUGGAUAUGACGCCCCGCACAAGACGAUAUUCAGCCACGGAGACUCCGCUCACACCGCGGAAUAUGUCUCCCGGCACACCAAACGGAUCAAGCCGACGCCUCUUUGGAGGCGCGGUCGGGGGGAUGGCCGGUCUGCCUCCUCGCAUACCGUCCGCAAGAAAACCCUCACGAUCUGACAAACACCAACAAUGAAAAAGUGGAUAGACGGAAGCCAGGAUUUGAUGGAACCGUUUUUCAGUCGCGACCCUUCGCCCCGUUAUAGGCUACGACGAAAUGAUUUCAGGUUUGAGUGACUCUUCCAUCGUAUGGUGAGCACCAGUUUUAGAGACAACUUUUUGGAAGCCCAAUUUUGUAACUGUAUUCGCUUGGUUUU